UGAGCGGGGGUUGUGGUGGGGAGGUGGAGUUGGUACCGAGGCCCGCGGAGCCUGCGGGCAGAGAGGGCCUGCCGUCCCCCGCUCAGGGCCGGGCCCUCAGUGCUCGCCAGCCCCGUGUCAGCCCCGCCCCGGCCGGCCUCCUGCAGAGCCAUGGCGGCGGCCGCCCCGGGAGGCCCGGCCCAGGGAAGUGUGACCUUUGAAGAUGUGGCCGUACAUUUCUCCUGGGACGAAUGGCAUCUCCUUGACAAGGCUCAAAGGUGUCUGUACCGCGAUGUGAUGGCAGAGAACUUGGCACUUAUCACCUCCCUGGGUCUUUGGCCUGGAGUGGGGGAUGCAGAGGCAUCUUCUGAGCAGAGUGCUUCUUUAAAAGGCAUGUCCCAAGUGAGGACUUUUAGAGAAGGUCUAUCUCCCCAAAGGGCUCAGCCCUGUGUGUGGUGUAGCCUGGUCUUGAUAGACAUCUUGCACAUGACUUAUCACCAGCAGGAAACACGUUCUGAUCAGAAGCUGUACAGAUGUGGAGCAUGUGGAAGACAAUUGUGUUUCACUACAGAUACUCAUCAGCAUGAGAAGCUACAGUUUGUCUGGCAGUGCUUCAGAAGCAAGGGGAGCAGGUCCUUGUUCGUGAACAGGUCCAAAUUCCGUGUGGCAUGGGAGCAGUUUGCCUGUAGAAAAGUGGAGAAGGACUUCCUGCCCAGCUCAGAAUUCCUCUAUGAAGAGGCCCCCUGGACUAAGGAGCAGUCAAAGAGCAGAAGUAAUUGUAAGACUGUCUGUCACAAUGGAAAAACUCAAAAUGAGCAGCAGAAAACCCCUAGUAGAGGACACUCUUACAUAUGUGAUCAGUGUGGGAAAUCUUUUAGCAAAAGCUACAGCCUCAGUGAUCAUUGGAGAGUUCACACUGGUGAAAAGCCUUAUGAAUGUGGGGAGUGUGGGAAAUCCUUCAGACAGAGCUCUAGCCUCAUUCAGCACCGGCGAGUUCACACUGGAGUGCGACCUCAUGAAUGUGAGGAAUGUGGGAAAUUAUUUAGCAACAAGUCCAACCUCAUUAAACAUCGGAGAAUUCACACUGGAGAAAGGCCUUAUGAGUGUAGUGAAUGUGGGAAAUCCUUCAGUGAAAGCUCUGCACUCCUUCAACACCAGAGUGUUCACAAUGGAGAAAGACCUUAUGAGUGCAGCGAAUGUGGGAAAUUCUUUACUUAUCAUUCCAGUCUCAUAAAGCACCAGAAAGUUCAUCGUGGGUCAAGGCCUUAUGAGUGCAGUGAAUGUGGAAAAUCAUUUAGCCAAAACUCCAGCCUCAUUGAACACAGGAGAGUUCACACUGGAGAAAAGCCUUUUAAAUGCAGUGAAUGUGGGAAAUCAUUUAGCCAAAGCUCUGCUCUCCUUCAGCAUCGGAGAGUUCAUACUGGAGAAAGGCCUUAUGGAUGCAGCGAAUGUGGGAAAUUGUUUACUUACAGUUCCAGUCUCCAAAAACACCAGAGAGUUCAUAUGGGAUCACGACCCUACAAAUGCAGUGAAUGUGGGAAAUCCUUUACUCAGAACUCCAGCCUCAUUAAACAUAGGAGAGUUCAUACUGGUGAAAGGCCUUAUGCGUGUACCCAGUGUGGGAAGUCCUUUAGCCAUAACUCCAGCCUUAUUAAACACUUGAGAAUUCAUAGUUGAUAAAAGCCAGUAUGCAAAAUCUUUUAGUCAGUUUCACCUACAUUCACACUGGAAAAUUGACUUUAGAAAAGUCCCUGUAAGUGUAGUGGAUUGGUGAAAACAUUCAGCUAAAGGCCCUCUCUAACUGAACACCACAUUCUCUUGGGAAUUAUAACUGUAAUAUGCAAAGAUGCAGUGUUUUUUCAGUCCAGCAUGGCAACUCUGGAAGGGUUACAAUGGUACUAUCUUUAGAAUAAAUCCUCAUAUGUCCAAACAUCUAUACAGAGUCCAGGUAUGUGGGACUGUGUUACAUUCUUUAACCCACACUGGACCCUUGCUGGAUUUAUAUUUCUGCACAUACUGUGACAAAAAUUCAACUGUACUUUCUGCAGUAUGCACUGUUUACCCCUACCAGUGUGUUCAGGUAAGUGAACCAUGUUCUCCCAUUUGUGGGUGGAACUUUUUAAGCCUGAAUAUCUGUUCCCUUUCUGUUUCUUUCUUCUGAUGAGGUAGGAUAUGACCCGGAUGUGGUUUGGCCAAAAGGACUCUGCUGAUGACUUGAAAUGAUGGACUGCCUUUUCGGGGGAUAUUACUGGUCUCACAUGCAUCUUGAUGGAAAUUCCCCACCUCAAAAAUCAACAACUUGGGAACCACUUUCUUCCCAGUGCUCUGAUUUGUACAAUAAAAUGUUUCCUGCUUUAGCUGCCAUUUAUCUUGGGGGUUU